AAAUCAGGAGACGGCCGUUGACCGGGGGGAGGAGUGGCCGGGAGCGAUCCAGACCAGAGGUGGAGGAGAAGGAAGAGAGGAGGAGUGAGCCGGAAGCAAGCGGAGGCAGGGGCGAGAGAGGCCAGCGGAUGGAAGCGGGAGCGGUAGCCAUCUCGCGCACGCUCCUCCGCUCUUUCCUUAUCUCCCCUGUGACGGCCAGAAGCAACCCUCGCCGUUCUCCGCGAGCUCGAGCGUGAUUCGCGCCCUCGCCGCGGCGGCAUGAAGCGGCAGAGGUCGUCGUCGCACGUCGACGACCUCGACGACGACAGACGGCGCUUCUACGACCGCGGGCCGGCCCCGCCGCCGCCGCGGUCCCUCGCCAAGUACGAGAGCGACGGGUUCGACCGUCGUAGCAAGGGGUUCGGCGGCGGGUUCUACGACAACCACCGGUACCGGGACUCUCCCUCGCCGUCGGCGUAUGGAGGGGACCGGUCGAUGCGCCGGUCCGAGAGCUUCUCUGCGCCCCGCCGGGAGUUCCACAAGGACAACAAGGGGUUCCGCUCCCAGCGCGACCGUUCGCGGCGGGAUGGCGGCGGCAGUAGCUCGUCGUGGCGGCGGCCGGGUGACAGCUGGAGGGAUUCCGACGGUUUUGGUGCCCACCGGUCUGUGGCCAGGCAGCAGGCACUGUCGCCGCCUAGGCGGUCUCCCACUGAAUCGAGUAGGCGGUUCGAUGGUGCGAAAGUGGACAAGUUGAGGAAGCAGAACUGCGGCGUCGGUGAGAUCGAGGAAGGGGAGGUCGCGCCAGAUCCUGAGGCCAAAACGCGGCGUUCUGCGGCCGAGCAUCGGAAGCAGGUCGAGUCAGGCCAUCCCAAGGGGAAGAGAACUGAGCGAGGCGAGUCGAAGAAAGUGGAUUCUUCUGGGCUUAGGCUGAGAGUUGUUUUGAGAACCCAAGGUAAGGGAGCGACUGGCGCAUCUGCUGCGGACAACUUGGGGAAGGAGGAAGGGGAGAGCAUGGAUGGCGUGUUGGCAGAAGCAGGGGAAGUAACGAAUAUACGGCUUGAGAAAUCAGCAUCGGAUGUGGAAGAAAAAGUUGGUGGAGGAGAUGAGAGUGCCAGUGCCGUUGAUCAGGUUCGACAGAGCACUAAAUCCAGCAUGUCGCGGGAAGGGCUGCACGACGAAGUGGAUACACGAGCUAAUACUGCCAAUGCUGCUGAUGUGGUUGGGCAGAGCACUCCGUUUAGCAUCGUGAAGGAGUCUACUCAGGAAGAAGUGACAACACAAGAUGAAACUGCCAUAGCUCUUGAUGAAGUUGGGCAGGGCACUUCCUGCAGCAUACAGAAAGAAGGGCUACAGGAGGCAGCGAUGGCGUUAGACGAGACUGCUAAUGCUGUUGAUGUGGUUUUGAAGGGCAGUUCGUCGAGUAUGCUGCACGAGGUUCAUCUUGAAGAAGCAGGAGAUGGAAAUGCCAAUGUUGGUGAUGGUGUUGGAACCUGUACUAGUAUCCUGCAGGGGGUGAUGCAGGAAGAAGUGAUAAUACUGGAUGUAGCUGCCAAUAUUGUUGAUUCACAGGAGGAGGUCAGUUAUUCUGGCAUGCUGAAGGAAGGGAUACACGAAGAAGACAUGGUGAUAGAUGGAAAUGGAACUGCCGAUGCCAUUAAUGUGGUAGGACAGAGCAAUUCAUCUAGCAUGCUAGAGGAAGCAACUCAUGGGACAGUUACCACACAAGAAAGAACUGACGAUGCUCUCGAUACAGAUGGAAAGAGCCGUUCAUCUACUAUGCUGCAGAUAGAGGUGCAGGGAGAGGUCAUGACUUCUUUGUGCCAAGAGGUUCUGGAAAUUAAAGAAGCUGAGACAGAAAGCAUGACGGACAGGAAGAUUGGUGAAACAACUGAAUCUGUUGCACCCCAGCCAGUGGAGGAGGCACUUGAGAAGUAUGGCUGUGAAAAUAGUAUUGAAUUGGAUAAAGCCAAAGUUGUAGAAGAAGAGGCAGCUGCUGAGCAUGAAGUUGUUGCGAAUCAAGUAAAACAUGUUGAUCUGGAGCCAUCUCUGGAGGCCAAACUAGUAGGUUCCAGUGUUUUCCUUCAACCACCCGAGGACCAUACAGGCGACUGUAACCAAGAGGGCGCGGCUUUGAAUCUGAUAAUGGAGAAGCCAAUGGCUGAAGAUAAAAGAAAGGGAAUAGCAUUUGAUGUCCUUAGUAAAGCAGGUGGUGAUAAUUUAGUGGGAAGAAGUCUUGACUUAGGAUUGCAGCCUGACAUAGAUCAAAAAGAACUGUCCAAAUCUACCAGGACUAUUUCUGUAAAGGAGGAAGCUGACACACACGAGAUAAGGAGACUUGAUCUUUCACUGAGCCUGUCAGGUGGACUACAGAACCCUGAAUUCAAAUGUUCUGUUUCCAGACCUGAUUCUCUAGCCCAUGGACCAUGCUCUCAGUCGCUGCCAUCAUCAUCAUCUUUCCGUACAAAUUCAGAUGGGAUAGCAACUUUAGUAUCAUUGGACAAUUCUCGAACAUUUGUUCACAAUCCUAGUUACUCGCUCACCCAACAGCCAUUAGACGACUGUGACCAUUCAAUAAGUAGUAAACCUUUCUAUCAAGGUGUUUAUAAGGUGAGUGACAGCAAAGGAUGGCGACUUCAGUCGUCAUCAAACAGAUCUACUCAGAAAGGGGAUGGUACGCCACUGCUUCAGAGAGUGUCCCAAAAUGGAUAUUUGUCGUAUAAUACUUUGGUUGGUGUGAAUGCGCAGAACAAUGGGACCUCAGGCGUGUUAUCGCCAGCACAUAAUCGUGGUUCUCAUAAUGCUGGAUUGGAGGAUGGUAGACAUGGAAGUCAGUUCACAAGAGAGAAGCUUGUCCUGAAUGGUUCUGGUGUUGUUGAGAGGGUUAUUUCCAAGAUAGUUUCAGAACCUCUGAAUCAAACAGGAAGGAUGCUUCAAGAGAUGACAGACAAUUCUAGAACAUAUUUGAGGGAGGCCAUUUCUGAGAUCAUAGUGGAUGCAGAUGAAAGAGGACAGAUAGUAGCACUGCAAGAGGCGCUUAAAAAAAGAUCUGACUUGAAUAGUGAAAUAUUGCGAAGGUGUCCACGGGUUUUGCUGGAGAUACUUGUUGCUAUAAGGACUGGUCUUCCGGAUUUUAUAAAGAAAAGCAGUACCAUCACUACAUUUGAUUUAGUUGACAUUUUUCUGAAUUUGAAAUGUCACAAUUUCUCAUGCCAGCGCGUUCUACCGGCGUUUGAUUGUGAUUGUAAAAUUUGUCAACAGAAGACUGGUUUCUGUAGCUCUUGCAUGUGCGUUAUCUGCAUGAAGUUUGACACGGCAUCUAAUACAUGUAGCUGGGUUGGUUGUGAUGUAUGUCUUCAUUGGUGCCAUACAGAUUGUGGCUUGCGCCACUCUCUUAUUCGGGAGGGGGAAAGUGGUUCUAGGGCAUAUGGUACUAGCGAGAUGCAGUUUCAUUGCACUGCUUGUGGACAUCCAUCAGAAAUGUAUGGUUUUGUGAAGGAAGUCUUUCGAACAUGUGCAAAGCAAUGGGGGAUGGAGACUCUGAUCAGAGAGCUUCAAUAUGUGAAAAGAAUAUUCUCUGCAAGUGAUGAUGCAAGGGGUAAGAGAGUCAGGGGAUUUGUCAAGCAGAUGCUGAUUAAGUUGGAGAAGAAGGCUUAUUAUUCUGAAAUAGUCAAAUAUGUCAUUGCAUUCUUUUCUGAAGACAAUCCCAGCCUGGGCAGCGGUCCAGCAGUACCACUGAAGGGCAUUCCAUGCAGCAUUGCUGAAGGAGUAGACGGGAUUCCUAGUUCAAGCCGAAAGGCAACAUGGUUACCCUCAGUUACUUUAGAAGGAGUUCCAUUCCAAGAAAAAGCAGGCAUUCUUUCUGCCACUGGAAGAUCAUCAAUGCCUAUAAAAUUUGGUGAGACUGAAUUUCAGGCGGUUAAUAAUAAACCCGUCAUCGAUGAACUGGAUGGCCUAGUCAAGUUAAAGCAGGCUGAAGCAAAUAUGUACCAGGAACAUGCCAAUGAUGCACGCAAAGAGGCUGAGAGUCUGAAACAUAUCACAAUGGUAAAAUAUGCACAGAUCGAGGAACAUUAUGCUACUCAAAUGGGUACACUACACAUAAAUGAGUUACAAAAGAGUCGCAAGCAAAUGGUCGAAGAACUUCAGGUCAUUGAAAGAUCACACCAUCAAUUUCUCAGCAUGAAAACAAGGAUGCAAGCCAACAUUAGGGAACUGUUGUUGAAAAUGGAGGCAACAAAACAAAAUCUAAGCACAUGAUGAGGUUACUGAAGGCUUCCUUUUGUAGAUAUCAAAACUUGCUCAGCUUAUUGAAGGCAGCCUCCAUAUUUUACAAACAAGUUGGUGCUGGUGGUCCGUUCGCGUGUGAUCAUACAGACCGUCUGAUUCGCAACCAAUGGUUGAGAUUGAGAUGUGAUUACUCACUAGCCACUUAUUCUGUUUUGCAAAAAUACCCUGAUCUACCAUAAACUCGCAGAUAUGCCGAGCAGCAGAGCUUAAUCAAUAAAGAGGAUAAUCCUUUUAUGGCUUACAUGUCUGGUUGGCAAACUUCUUAUCAUCUUCCUGGAAGGAAGAAUUGCUCUUGAGGAAUCGAUAAAGCUGAAUUUCAAGAAGUUGCAGGCAUCACAACAGAAUGAGCCAAGCAUUUUCGCUUGUGAAGCAAAACAGGCGCAGAGUUUUAUUAGACAUAGUUACUUUCACUGAUCCAGCUUAGAAUUAAGCACAACUUAGUGCCUCCGAAACCGUGGUUUUAAGCAAAUGACUCUUGAAGGUCAAUUGCUGGGGGCGUCAAGAUGGCAGCUAGAUUAUGUAAGAGGCAGAUUGGUUGUAGCGACUGUAAGUUAUGAUAGAUCUUUGGUUCUAGUCUUUGAUGGGAAGACACAUCAACCCUUGUCGAAUUCUUGCUUAAUUUGUAGUCCCUGUGCAACAAACGAACUGAAUUAGCUUGUGUAAAUUCUGCUCAGUUUAUCCAAUCUACUUCGCCAGAUUUUCCAGAACAA